CAAGGUCGUUGCUAGUCUAGCUUUCAACAAUGAUGACCCAGACACCAGUCUUAUUACUUAUUUGCUUCAUAACAAAUUUUAUUCAGUCAACUGUGAACGAUAGAGCAUGCUUGUGUGAUAUCAGGGCAUUGGUUUGUGACAAGUUCUGUCAAUGUGACGCAGACUGCUUUAGUGAUAAAAAUAACUCGUUUUCCUCCUACAUCUCUUUACAGAGAGAAUCUUAUGGUUCGAAAUGGUGCAUUCCAAAGGCACUUCAUUUUUUAUCAAAUGCAGAAUUUACUAGGAGUCAGGACAGUGAAACUAUUUGUUUUUCCGAUAUAAACUGUAAGAAUUACAGUAAAUUAUAAAUAUAAGAUUUGAGAGGGAACUACCUGCAGUUAAGUCGCGGUGCUGGUCAGUUUGGGAUGAAUUCUAUUUCAGUGACUACUUUAAAUUCGAUAAACGGUUGUGCAGAAGACGAUUUAUGCUUAAUCUAUAGAAACAAGAUACUUGAACGUUUCACAUUACCGAGUGGUUCGGGAUGUCACGUAGAAUUUUCCCCAAAAUUCCUAAACAACAUAACAACCAAGUGCACUCGCACGUUGAGUUUUAACGAUAAUGGUUCAAGUUGCACACAACUGCCAAGUGUCUUAAUGUACACAGAUGGAUUAAAGUUUUUACGACUGCCGAUAUCAAAGCUAUUUAAAAACAAGAGCAUUCCUUUGGAAGCAGUUAUGGCCAGUAAUAAUACGAUUUCAAUUCGUUCAUCUAUUUGUAAGAACUUAAACAAUGACGUAAUACCCUGUCCAACAUCUCCAUCCUCACUUGAUUCAACCAGCCAAGCGUGUAUGUAUGCAAUCAUGGGAGUGAAGUUUAGUAUUAUUUAUAAUGAAAAUGGUAUAACAGACAUCUCAGUUGAAUUUACCAUUACAAAUGUCACAACUACAAAAUUUAAUCAGUUUCACACAGUACAAUUUAUUGAAGAAAACAGUUUAUCCAAUACAAGUACAUUAAUAGCUACUGACUAUCUAAGCGGAAAUCUAGGUUACCUAAAAAAUUAUCCUAUUCGAGCUGGUUAUAUAGAAAAUAAUAAUAAUACUACUACUCCAUAUAUAGUAAUGAUAUCAUACCCAUUAAAUCCGACAUUAUAUCCAAAUGAAUAUGGUCGAAUUAAUUUUGGCUGGUGGCCUAUACCGAAUAUUGGUGAUUGUACAAAUUUUGCUAGUCAAAGUAAAACAAUAUUAUUUGGACAAAACACUUUUAGUUCCUGUGUGCUAAGACUAAAGCCAUUGCGGGAAAAUAAUUAUACAAAUUGUAAUGAACUGGAACAAGUCAUUAGUAUGUCAUUAAAUUGUAAAAAAUCACCUAUUACUCAUGUCGGUAUUUGGGGCAAUGCAGACAACAAACAGAUAACAGAUUGGAUUAAAGCGGAUGUAUUCAAUGAAAAAAAUAACAUUGUUUUUUCGAAUGGAACAAAAUCUUGGUCAUGUCAAAAUAUCAUUAUAGGUCAAACAAUUAACAUUUAUUAUGCCAGGAAAGGUAGUGUAUACGAUCCACAAAAUCGUAUUAUUUCAGUGCACAAAAUUUAUAAACGUGGAACUAUUGGAUAUAAAUGUCAAGGCUAUGCAUGUAUAGACAAUAGUCAAUUAAACACUGAACAGAAAUUCUUUAUUACUACAAAUGUCCUAUUUCAUGAUUUAACCUUAUAAUGAAUAUAUCCGAUCAAAGCAAAUGUCAACAAUUUUAUAUAACUGUCAUUAUUAGUAUCAGUAAUAUAGUAAAAUUUUGAUUAAAUAUCUUUUAUUUAUUGCAAAAAGGUAUGUAUUUCCUACACAAAAGUAUAAAACAUUUCUAUACAUCUGAAUAGAAUGAAUUUAUCAGUUAUCA